AUGGACUCAUUUUAGAUUGAUAACAAAAUGUCUAAUAGUGAUAAAGCCCAAAAAGCUCUCUAAAAGUAAAAAAAAAAUGAGGAAAAUAUUUAAAAAAAGAUUGAUAAAUAUGGAUUUCAAAAAUAAGUCCAAUAGUUGGUAAGUAAAGGAUUUAGUGACAUGAAAGGUAUUCUUAAAGCAUUAAAAAAGAGCAAAGGAGAUGUUGACCUAGCAAGUUAAAUACUUGCUAUAGCUAUAAAUGAAUAAAAUCCAAGUGAUGAAUUAAUUGCCUUACAGUAAUCGGUAGGCUAAGAUUAAAGAAAAAAUAAAAUAAUGAGGUAAAUCAAAGGAUCAAACAUACCUGACUAAGUCAAAUAAGAAUUUAUAAAUAGUGAAAAUAUUAGCAAGAUAAAUGAAAAAAUAAAUAGAAACAAUCGAGUCGACAGAGAAAACAGAGGUAUCAAAAAUAAAAGGUUUUAGGUUUAAAAAGAAGAGGAAGAAGAAAUCAAAUAAGAUGAUGCUAGAAAGCGUGAUAAUUAAAGUGAUAAAUCUAGUAUUCUACUUUCAUAGAAUUAUGAUUCCUUAAAAAAUGAAUUCUUAAUUGAAGAAUAUAAUGGAUAGCUUGAUUAAUUUAAAUUAUUCCAUGAAGAAAUGCAAAAGAGAGGUUUUAAUGAUAAAAGAAAAAACUUCAAAGCUUUUAAAAAGAAUUCUGGUGACUAAAAUUUGGCUCUUUAGCAAUUAGAAAGGAAGAAGCAAAGAGGAUAGCUCAAAUUAGUGUAAAACUUAGAAAAAGGAUAGUUCUUGAAAGUUUACAUAGACUGUGAUAAUUGCUAUUAUUUAGAAAAAUGUUUCUCUAAAUUCGCAAUUAAAGGAGAUUUUAUGGUUAUUGAAGAAAAAAUAGCCACAUUAAUGAAAGUUUUUUAGAGAAACUAUGAAAACAUAGAAGUAAUACUAAUUUUCAGUGAUUCUCAGUUGCUAAAAAAUCGAAGAUAGAUGUCUCUCUUCAUUAAUAAAUCUUUCUAAAUUCUUUCUGCUAUUCCAUAAUUUAGAUCAACAAAAGAGCUCUAUAAUUAGCUCUUAGAUAGUAUGAGCUAAUAGCCUAAUGAAAAGAGUCUCUUUAUUUCUAGUAAUAGGAUGCUUUAAUCUCUCCUAAUUGAAAAAAAUGUUAAAAAUAUUAUGGAAUCUCAGAGAUUUUUCAAAAUCUUAUAAGAUGAUCUGAUAGGCAUUGAAGAAUAUGCAGCUAUUCUUUGUAUUUGA